AUGGGGCUAUCACAAGCCAGCAAUGCCGUUCCCUCGAAUUUCUAUCUGAAACGUGUUCAAGACUCCAGCCCGGCUCCGAUUGGCCAAGGUGGUUCUGCGGAAGUUUAUGCGGCGACGUACGAUGACCAGGACGUUGCUCUCAAGCGACUGCGAGUCAUCGGCCAGAGAGACGUGACACAGCGAGUUCACAGAGUACGUUCUGGAUCCAGAGGUUCUAUCGAUAUCUCAGACCUUUACUUGCAGAAGUUCUGUCGUGAAGCGCUAUUCUGGAGGCAAAUGAAGCACCCGCAUAUCCUACCUUUCCUGGGAAUAGACGCUGACACAUUCUCUCCAUCGCUGUGUAUGGUGUCCCCAUUGAUGCACUUAGGGAAUGUGAUGGAUUAUUCGAAACAGAGGGGACCGGAGAUUAUCGAUGUCAUGCAGCUGGAGGUUGCAUCUGGGCUGAGCUACCUGCAUAGCAAGAACAUCGUGCAUGGGGACCUCCGUGGUCACAAUAUCUUCAUAGACGAUGGGGGCCACGUUCGACUUGCAGACUUCGGAUUGGCUGCCUUUUUGGAAUCAGAGUUCGAGGAGACGAGUAUGAUUGAAGGCGCUUCAGCUCGAUGGACGGCCCCUGAGCUGCAGGAUCCGGACAGAUUCGGUGAUGGAACAUUCCGAAGAACUCGUGCAAGCGAUAUUUACUCGUAUGCUUGUACAUGCAUCGAACUCUAUACCGUGCGGCGACCAUUCUAUCACCUACCUCGCGAAUGUACGGUUAUCUUGCGAGUCGCCCAAGGCGCUCGUCCGGAUCGCCCGACUACAGAACAAUGCUAUAGAAGGCAUCUAUCCGAUGAUGUUUGGCAUUUGAUUCAGUCCUGCUGGAAACCUUCACCUCAUGACCGUCCUUCUGCGGAGGAUAUCAUAAUCUGUUUGACCAGUCCAUCAGCGUUUAGCGCGCUUAACAAGGCAAAGCAAGAGAACCGAACACUCCACGAGCAUAUCAAGGAACUCGAGCUCGCAAACGAGCGUGCGUCCAGGCGCCUUCAAGAGCUCGAAGCCAUGAACGAGUCGGCGCGGGCCCGCAUUGGCGAGCUUGAGCACGAGCUAUCGACCGACUUCUGGGGCUUCGCGUACGGGAUAAACGACUUACCAGCCCCCCAGAAGCCUUGUGUCUACGAAGAGGAUGCCCGCCAUAUGCACGGCACCUGUCGAUUUGAGGACAGACCGGACUCCUCUUCCUCAACAACCUCGUCAGGCUCAAGCUUGGCCGGCGCUCUCGGCCAUUUCCGUUUCUCCACCAUCUCGUCCUAG